GCAUGUCUGUUGAAGGUUUGAAGGAAGUCAAGCUCCCUGCGGGUGUUACCGCAAAGGAUAUCCUCCACACUGCCCCCUACAAUGCCUACAACCCUCAGCAAAAUCAGACGAAGCACUGCUAUGCCAAGUACAACGAAUUCUUCAGGUGCGCUGGCGUGCAUGGCGAAGACGCCAAGGAGUGCAAGAAGAUCAAGCACCACUUUAUUUCGUUGUGCCCCGUUGAAUGGAUUGAGAAGUGGAACGACCAGCGUGAGGCGGGAACGUUUCCGGGUCCUUUAUAAAUCUGUGCAUCCUUUGGAAGGACUUCGUGGAGAUUUUAGGCUUCAAGGAGUCGACAUGAUAUAUAUUACAGAUGUUCAUGGAUUAAAGAACAUUUGACGUUUGC